GCCGAUGGAGUUCAGCGGAGUGAUACCUUUAAACCCCUUCCACCACCUUCUCCCCUUCGCACCCGCCCUUUUUGAGAUCGCAUAGGGGUUCUGGCGGGCGGUUUUUGACCUAUCGGCGUCGAUUCCCGGGUGUGCAGACCUUGAAAGGCUGUGAUGAUGCUGUCACUGCAGAACGACGCGCGGCAGCAGCCAUCGGCGCCGGCGUUGUCGUUGGGGAAGGUGCAGCCAGUUCUUGGAUCAAGUGCUGCUGUUUCCGUUUCUUCUUGUCUAGGUUUUGGCCGCAGUAUCUUCGGCGGCGGUGGUGAUCGAUUGGAGGAUCCUGUGCUCAGCCUUCAGCCGAUUGAUGUUUAUAACGAUAUCAAACCUUUGCAGCUUGUGAAUCAGCUUGAUGUUGACGAUGACAUGCACUUAGCGCUUGCCCAUCAGAAUUAUAAAGCCGGGAAAUUUAAGCAGGCGCUGGAGCACUGCAGCGUGAUCUACGAGAAUUAUCCCCAGCGCACGGAUGUUCUUCUGCUGCUCGGUGCCAUCCAUUACCAGUUGCAUGAUUACGACAUGUGUAUUGCAAGGAAUGAAGAGGCUCUUGCCAUUGACCCGCAUUUUCCUGAAUGUUAUGGCAACAUGGCUAAUGCUUGGAAGGAAAAAGGCAAUAUUGAUCUUGCCAUACGUUAUUACCAGGUGGCUCUUGAGCUACGACCCAAAUUCUCUGAUGCUUGGUCAAAUUUAGCAAGUGCUUAUAUAAGGAAGGGGAGGCUUCAUGAGGCAGCUCAGUGCUGCCGCCAAGCUCUUUCUUUGAAUCCUCGCCUGGUUGAUGCUCAUUGCAAUCUUGGGAAUCUCAUGAAAUCACAAGGGCUGAUUCAAGAGGCAUAUAAUUGUUAUCUAGAUGCAUUGCGUAUACAACCUACUUUUGCUGUUGCUUGGUCCAAUCUUGCUGGGCUUUUUAUGGAUGCUGGAGAUCUUCACAGAGCACUUGUAUACUACACGGAAGCAGUCAAACUGAAACCAGCACUUACCGAUGCCUACCUUAAUCAAGGAAACAUAUAUAAGGCUUUGGGAAUGCCACAGGAGGCUAUUAUGUGCUACCAACGAGUGCUACAGUCCCGUCCAAAUCAUGCAAUGGCCUAUGGAAACCUUGCUAGCAUAUACUAUGAACAAGGUCAGCUGGAUUUGGCAAUUCUUCAUUACAAACAAGCCAUUGCUUCUGAUUCAGGAUUUGUGGAGGCAUAUAAUAAUUUGGGAAAUGCUUUGAAAGAUUUGGGCAGAGUGGAUGAGGCAAUGAAUUGCUAUAGGUCUUGCCUUGCUUUGCAACCUAACCACCCUCAGGCUCUUACAAACAUUGGAAACAUCUAUAUGGAAUGGAAUGUGCUAAAUGCCGCUGCUACUUUUUACAAAGCAACUUUAUCUGUGACAACAGGAUUAUAUGCUCCAUUCAGCAACCUUGCAAUAAUUUACAAACAACAGGGAAACUAUGCUGAUGCUAUAGCAUGUUAUAAUGAGGUUCUUCGAAUAGAUCCUAUGGCAGCUGAUGGCCUUGUCAAUAGGGGAAACACGUAUAAGGAGAUGGGAAGGGUUACUGAAGCUAUUCAAGAUUAUGCACGAGCUGUUUCUAUCAGGCCAACUAUGGCCGAAGCUCAUGCAAACUUGGCCUCUGCGUACAAGGAUAGUGGACAUGUGGAUCUUGCCAUAACUUGUUAUCGGCAAGCCUUACUUCUCCGCCCUGACUUUCCUGAGGCCACCUGCAAUCUCUUACACACAUUACAGUGUGUUUGUGAUUGGGUGGAUCGGGAUGACAAGUUUGCUGAAGUGGAGGGAAUCAUCAAAAAGCAAAUCAAGAUGGGACUUCUUCCAGGUGUCCAACCAUUUCAUGCUAUCGCGUAUCCUAUUGAUCCUACACUUGCAUUAGAAAUAAGCCAAAAGUAUGCAGCACAAUGCUUAUUAAUUGCAUCACGUUAUGGACUGCCGCCAUUUGUUCACCCUCUCCCUGUACCUGUGAAGGCUAAAGGAGGAACUGACCGUCUUAGGGUGGGAUAUGUCAGCAGUGACUUUGGUAACCAUCCUUUGUCUCAUCUCAUGGGUUCUGUGUUUGGAAUGCAUAACCGGGAGAAUGUUGAGGUCUUCUGUUAUGCAUUGAGUCAAAAUGAUGGCACUGAAUGGAGGCAACGGAUCAUGGCAGAAACUGAACAUUUUAUUGAUGUUUCUUCCAUGACUUCCGAUCUAAUUGCAAGAAUGAUCAACGAGGAUAAGAUUCAGAUUCUGAUCAACCUUAAUGGCUAUACCAAGGGUGCAAGAAAUGAAAUUUUUGCCAUGCAACCAGCACCCAUACAGGUUUCAUACAUGGGGUUCCCUGGCACAACUGGUGCAACUUACAUUGAUUACUUGGUUGCUGAUGAGUUUGUUUCCCCUACUUGGUUUUCACAUAUAUACUCAGAGAAGCUUGUCCAUCUUCCUCAUUGCUACUUCGUGAAUGAUUACAAGCAGAAAAACCGAGACGUUCUUGAACCCGUGUGCCGGCACAAACGGUCUGAUUAUGGUUUACCCGAAGACAAAUUUCUUUUUGCAUGCUUUAAUCAACUUUACAAGAUGGACCCCGAAAUAUUCAAUACAUGGUGUAACAUUUUGAAACGUGUUCCUGAUAGUGCAUUGUGGUUGCUUAGAUUUCCAGCAGCUGGCGAGAAGAGAUUGCUCGAGUAUGCUGAGAAACAAGGAGUUGGAAAAGAUCAAAUCAUAUUCACUGAUGUUGCCAUGAAAAAUGAGCACAUCAGGCGAAGUGCACUGGCUGACCUUUUUCUUGACACACCUUUGUGCAACGCUCAUACUACCGGCACUGAUGUGCUUUGGGCUGGCCUUCCUAUGGUGACUCUUCCCCUGGAGAAGAUGGCCACCAGAGUUGCUGCUUCAUUGUGUCUUGCCACUGGUGUUGGGGAGGAGAUGAUAGUUACCAGCAUGAAAGAGUAUGAAGAGAAGGCUGUGUACUUAGCUUUGAAUCCACCAAAGCUCCAUGCACUGAGAAAUAAACUCAAGGCUGCGCGGUUAACUUGCCCCCUAUUUGACACUGCAAGAUGGGUAAGAAACUUAGAGCGAUCCUAUUUCAGAAUGUGGAAUUUGCGCUGCUCUGGAAAUCAACCACAACACUUCAAGGUGACAGAAGAUGACAUUGAGUUCCCUUAUGACCGUUAGGGUUAGGUUUUGUGUACAUAUAAUAGGUGAAAGAGCUUUCGACAAUCGAAAAGAGGAAUAUUAUUUCAAAUCAUAUUGGUUUUCCAGAUGAUGCAUUGGGAUGUAUUUUAUUAGAAUUUCCCCGGUGUGGAGGGAAGCCAAGAGAUUUAUUUAGAGAGGGUUUGAGUUUAUGGUUUUAGGGUUUUACUUUGUAGCUUUUCUUUUU